GCGGAGCGGCGGGAUGGGGAGCUAAUAGCGGCAACAGAGGGAGGAAACACUGAACAGAAAACUCAGGGAAAUCUGUACAAUGAAGAAGCGACUGUGAGGGGAUUUUUAAAACGCUCCGACAAUGAUCCGGAUACUGAGCGGUGCGUCUUCGAGGGCUGUUGGGGCAGCGCAGCCGAAACUGCUAAAGGGCAUUACAAGCAGACAACUGCACAGCACAUAUGACGUGGCCGUGGUGGGUGCUGGCAUCGUGGGCUUGGCCACAGUCAGAGAGCUCAUUCAGCGACACCCGACUCUCAGCUUCAUCCUGCUGGAGAAAGAAAAAGAGCUCGCUGUGCACCAGAGUGGGCACAACAGUGGAGUCAUUCACAGCGGGAUCUACUACACGCCGGGGUCGCUGAAGGCCCGUCUGUGUGUGCGAGGAGCCACUUUAGCCUACGAGUACUGCGAGAAGAAAGGAAUCCCUUACAAGAGAUGUGGAAAGCUUAUUGUGGCUGUCGAGCAGGAGGAGAUACCAAGACUAAAGGCUCUGUAUGAGCGCGGGAUGAAGAACAAUGUGCGUGACCUCAGUGUCGUUGAUGCCAAGGGAAUCCGAGAACGAGAGCCGUACUGCAGAGGUAUAAUGGCCUUGGAUUCACCCUACACCGGUAUCGUGGACUGGAGGAUGGUGGCUCUCAGAUAUGGCAAAGACUUUGAGGAGGCAGGCGGCACGGUGGUAACCGAAUACGAGGUGAAUGACAUUUCCAUGGUCAAGGAGGGCCCAGCUGGGAGCACUGAAGGAAUGAAAUAUCCAAUCGCAGUCCGAGACAAUAAGGGUAACGAGGUGCGGUGCCGUUAUGUCCUGACCUGUGGAGGCCUGUACUCAGACCGCCUGUCGCAGAUAUCUGGAUGCAGUCGGGAGCCGCGGAUCGUCCCCUUCAGAGGAGAUUAUUUGAUCCUGAAGCCAGAGAAACACUACUUGGUCAAAGGAAAUAUUUACCCCGUUCCUGACCCCCGUUUCCCCUUCCUUGGAGUUCACUUCACCCCACGUAUGGAUGGGAGCGUUUGGCUCGGUCCUAAUGCAGUUCUCGCCUUCAAAAGGGAGGGUUACAAAGUCUACGACUUCAAUCCCAGAGACUUUGCAGAUGCACUCUCAUUCAGGGGCCUUCAGAAGCUGGUGAUGAGGAACAUAACUUAUGGGGUUGGAGAAAUGUAUAGAGGCGUUUUCAUUGGUGCACAGGUUAAAAUCCUGCAGAAGUACAUACCUGAACUCUCACUGAGUGACGUGCUCAGGGGUCCUGCAGGAGUUCGAGCUCAAGCCCUCGACCGAGACGGAAACCUUGUGGACGACUUUGUUUUUGAUGGUGGGGUUGGAGAUGUGGGCAGUCGGGUGCUCCACGUGCGUAACGCUCCCUCGCCGGCAGCUACCUCCUCCCUGGCCAUUGCCGAGAUGAUCGCAGAUGAGGUGGAGAGCCGCUUCUCGCUGUAGAGAAGCACGGUACUCGCAGAAGAAAAACAGGAAUACCAAAAACUUCAAGCUGUCGCUACGUCAGCAUCAUCCAGACGCUUUUAUUACAGGUUAAGCCUUAAUUUGGGUGGGGGUGUCAUAACUUUUACUUUAUCUUUUUUUUUUUAACAUUGUUUAUACUUAAGUACUGCUAUUUCAGGUUCAAUAAUAUGUUUACUCCACCACAUUUCAAAGAACACAUUCAUUUUUCUGCACCAGUACUUCAUGGGUUUCUCUAGGUGAAAGUGUUGAAUAAAGGUUUUUUAACUCCAGUGAUUUUAUCAUCAGUGUGAAAGACUGAAAUAGGAAUAUAGAAAUUCACAAACACAUUGUAUUGAAUAUAAUGAGGGAUUUUUAAGUGUAUAAUUCUGGUAUGGAAUUUCUUCUUUUACUUUGUGUUUAUUUUUCUCAGCCACUGAUUUUAUGAGAGUGGAUUGUUUCUGUUGUCUGAACGCUGUAUAGCCUCCUGUAUACUAAUGAAGAGUUUCAGUCCAAAUUACUGUAAAUCUAUUUUGCAAAGAAUUAAUUUGGGGAGAUUGAGUAUCUUUUUUUUAAUGGUUUAUCUCAUUUUGGAAAGAAACUCUUAACGUAACGCACAGUUAUAGCUACAGAACGCACAAUUUACGAAGAAAGAUGGUUUGUGCUUUAUUUAACAGUUUUGUCUGCCAAAAUAAUUUUAACAUUAAAAAUAUUGUGAAAUUAUAUCAAGACUAAAUAUUCUAAUUUUAUGUCAUAUUUACAUUAGGGCAAACUGAAAACUUUUUUGUAUGUUUUUUUAAAUAUGUGUGUUUUUGGCAUUUCUGCUUCAUUAGUUAGUUGAGAGAGACAGGAAGGGCAGGGUAGAGAGGCUGCGUGGUACCAGGUGCUCUAAGAGAUGGCCUCCCAUGUUGCCUGACAAAUGAAUGUUAAUGUAUUUUUACCAUACAUACAUAUUUUUUUAAUAACAAAUUCACCAAGGUUUGCGGUUUGUGGCUGUAUGUUCUUUGGUAUAUUAAUCUAAGGUACAUUUUUAAAUAUUAUAAGCAAAGUAAAUCCACCUACUUCCAUGGUACAUGGAGAAAGGAAUAGGAAACAGAAAGAGGACAACUUUACUGUGUUAAGUUGUUCUUUACAGUACAGGUGAUGCUGGAGAUUUGACUUCUUUAAUUUUAGCAGCUGCUAAUUUAAGCACGUAUACAGUUUGUCCACAGGGAGGCAGAAUCACAGCAACAAACACACUGAAUGAGAUCCAGUGUAAGCACAAAAUACGUCAAAAUUAGAUGCUGCUGUUGAACCAAUUCUUAUUAGUGUUUGUACUGUUAAAGCUUGUGUAAUGUUAUAAAAAAAAUAAAGUGGCUUGCUUUGCUUAAAUGUGAUCUAUUUGUCUAAUAAAAUGCAUUUUGAUAACG